AUGGCUGGAAGCACAGCGCUCCCCAAUGCGAAUAUCCAAGGCCUUUCACGCCACAUGGUGAUCUCAGAGGACCUGAGACGUUUGACAUAUGACAAGGCAAUAGCAGUGUCCCAUGCACUGCGUGAGAAAGCCUUCAUUGGCAUUUGUGAGCUGAAGGCUCACACCCACAGUUCUCUCCCUCUCACCUACGGUGUGAGGAAUGCACGGGCCAUCGAUCAAGCCGGGUUGGAUGGCAUCAAAGAUAGCAUCAUUGAGGACAGUGGUCCAUCAAGACUACGACCAGAUAUGCCAGUUGUGCUGUUGAUCCGGCAACCCUGGGUGACCAGUACUGACUGGCCAAAAAUAAUCACGCCAGAUAACCAUAAGUCAUUGGCAGUUCUUGAACUGAGUGAGGUGGGUUGGCUAGCAGCAAGGGCUGGCCAAUUGCAAGUUCUAAAUGGACAACAUCGAAUUGGGGCAUUACAGGCUGCAUAUGCAGCGGUAGCCGGUGAGGUAAAGAAGUAUGGGGAAGCAGUGGAAGGGAAGGUGGUUGAUAAUAUGGCGACGUCGGAGGAGAGGGAAAUAUAUCGGAAGGAUGAGGAGAGGUUGAAGGAAUGGAAGUUAAAGCUCCUAGAGCUUGUGACAUGGCCUGCUGUGGUGUAUGAUUUGGGCAACUUUUUAGAUGUUUUGGAACAAGAUGAAAGUAUGGGGAGCUUCGUCAUUGAGCUUCUCGCACGAAACAAGGAUGUCAUCGAAGUCAUGGCAUCAGAGGAAGAGAAGUUGGUGCCCGUUUAUCAGCACCUUCUCAAUGUCCAGGUGAGGACAGGGUGGAGGCCAACUCUGUGGCGGUCAGCUGCUGCGGCCAAGGAGGGGCCUGACGGGAUUGACCUCGAUAUCCGCAAGGUGAUGUGGCCAAAGCUCGGCACACACAGGAAGCUCCAGCGGAUUGCAGCUGACGAAAGGUCCAAUCGGGGACUGAUGGAACUUGUCCGUGUCGGCAAGUACUACCGUGACUGGAAGGGCUUCACAAUAAACCACAUCUCGACAAAACUUCUUGGUCAUACAUGUGCGUAUCUGUGGACAUAUGUCCAAGCACAAAAUGAACGUCUGGGGCUUCUCAUGACGGAGUCUGACGUGGAUGAUAACUUCGAUUAUGAGCGAUUCGAGGCACUCCUGAAGGAACUGGAUGGGAAGUUGACGCAAAAAUCACGCAAGGCGAAAACCGAAGAGCUUGAUGAACUGGCACUGCAUUUUGUCAAGACGUUCAUUGAUAAAGUUGAGAGGAUGCCCCCACUUGAUGCAUACUUCAAUGUGGAGUUCUGGAAAGGUGUGGAGGAUGCUGAGGUGGUGGCUGGGGUGGCGACGAUUGUCAAGAAAGGGUCGAAGAAGACACAGCGGACUUAUGGAGAUGACGUUUUCCAGUUCUCACAUCGGGAUCACUCAUCACGAUAUAUUGACUACCGAACAGCACUAUGGAGUACAGUCGAAAAGGUCCUUGAGCAAAACCGAAACAUUCUCCCUGAGUCGGUGCUCCAAAAAUGUCGCCAUCGCUUCAACGUCCUCUUCUCUGGCAUCAUUCACAGGUGGCAUAUGAUUCUGAUCACAAAUGGUCUCCUAUCAAAGUUUGAUGACAUUUCAACAGAAUAUGAACAGUUUUUCAAGGAGUCAUCCACCAAAAUGUUCGCGAACAUCCUGGUGGAGCUGGCCAUACGUCUGUCAUCCACCGAAAUGUUCGUGAACAUUAUGGUGGAGCUGGCCAUAUGUCUGUCAUCCACCAAAAUGUUCGCGAACAUCUGGAUCCAUGCUUGGAUUGACCCUGUCAAUGCCUACAUGAUGGACAUCACCCAACUUAACUACUUUGAUGCAUCCUAUGCACUAUUUGAUGCGAUUCUUCAAGAUCCUUUGCUUGCUGUGGAGCCAGGGACUGAAGUGGAGUUCACACAUGUCGUGUUUAGUGAAUUAUUGCCAUGCUUUAAACACUGGAAAAUUGAAUGGGAUCAUUGUGGAUUCAAGCCCAUCCCCUCACGCACCAAUUCUUCUUCGCCACUACCUGGUGGGUUCUUUGAGCGUGGAUCAACAUAUGAUGUACGUGCCAAGACCAAGGCACGCGUCAGGGAGGCCAAGGAAAAGGUCCCUGAUGAUGACCCCUCUCUGGACCCUCCAGAGCCUGGGAAUCAUAAGAAUGGCUUUUUGGGUGAUGCACCAUUCAAUAUCUCAUGGUCCGAUGAGUGCCUUGAAUACCGCACAUCCAUCACCACUUUCCUGCGCUGGUAUGACAACAACUUCACUCAUGUCGAUCUCGUCAAAUUCCGCAAGGGCAAGGAUGCUGUUGAUCGUGCGAUGGCAUUAUACCCACGGAUUUCUCCUACCCAGGUUGAUGCAGGACCAAAUCACCUGCACCGUAACUCUGCAAAAUGGCGCCUAUCAUGGGUCAGAGAUGCAUUGUCAAUUUAUGCACCAAGCCCACCCGAUUUCCAACUCGUCAUCCCAACCCGUGUUCGAAAGUCAUUGACAUACUUCAAUCAACCUGAAGCCUUUGUCCGUGCCCUUGAGGGAAAAUUGGAUUCAAGUGAUGAGGAUCCUGAGGGAGGAUCUGCAGCACAGGCUUAUCAUGCCACACGUGUUCAACACCGCCAACAACUUGAUGGGCUAAGGAAAGCCUUCGAAGGAGUAACAUUUAUUCACAAGGGAGGGAAAGUAGAUGGCCCAAUUGAUUCCAGUAUCAUAACAGCAUGGAAUGCAUUUGAGCAGCACCUUCACCGAUUCUCAGUCAUAGCCUCUGUGGCAAAGGCAAAAGCAGCGCAAGAUGCUGAAGGCUCUGCUGGAGAACUCCAAUUAUUUGAGGAGGAUAUUCGCCUGUUGGGAGGAAUGCCACCUUCAAAAUUCACAUUCAAGAGUAGUUCGAUUAUGGCUGGGAAACGCCAAUCAACAUCCCCAGUGCUGCCAAAAUGGCUCCGAGAUGCACGGGAUAUCACCAUUUCUGAGGCAAGUGAUAACUACAAACAUGCCAACAUAUCCAUCAGACUCACCACUAAACAGACACAUCAGAAGGCCCUGGAUAAAUUAGAGGAUCAACAGGAGGAGCAGGAUUAUGAUCCUGAACAAGGGGACCCUGACCGAGAUGACACUCCAUCCAAGUCUUCAGACAGCAGCAGUGAAAGCAGUGCUGCCAAGUCAACUGACAACGAGGAGCCUAUGCCAUCCAAAAAACCCACUAGGGUGGAAAAAGGUAAGGGGAAGGCUGUGCCUGAUCCUGGCCAAAGGGAUGUUGAAGACCCCACACCAGAGGAUGAUCCAACUGGAUCGGAGCUUAGUGAUAGGGGUGAGCCUGAGCAAGGCGUAAAACGCCCCCGGACAUCUAUUGAAUCCACAGUAACGCCUGCUGCAAAGAAGCAACGGCCCCAGGAUCCAAUCAAGGAACCAAGACGUACCCGUGCAACAGCCAAAAAGGGUGCAAUAUUUCAAAUUGGUGAAAUUGGAAAUAUGCCAUCAUGUUGCCAAAUUGGCCAUAUUUUGCUCAUCUUCCCACUUCAACACCUGAAGGACAUCUCAUCCGCCGUGAAGAUGGCAGCGAUCUCAACCGAUUCCUCCGAUCUCAUUGAGCUUCCCUCUGAGGAGGACACCAUUCCCCCUUAUGACAUUCAUAAUCCUCUUGCAGAAGAGGGAUAUGGUGCUGUGAGACAAGAUAUCAUCGCUCGCGCCCGCCUUGGCACAACUGAGGCUUCUAAUCAACCUGAAAUGCAAAAGUUUUAUGAUACACCAUCUCGAACACUGCCCAUGAAGACAUUGCGCCACUUGUACAUCAACAAGAAUGGUGCAAGUGCCUUCAGCCUCUUGCAGCGCAAACAUCGACUACACUUGGAUCCCCAGUUCCAUGAACCGGGAACCUCACGACAAUAUACCUUCCGUCUCAAUGGACACUCCAUUGACUUUUCCCUUAAAGUGCCCGAUCGCUGUGGAUUUGAUGCGAUCCUUCCUCCGAGCCCAAUUGGGGUCCUCCCCACCUGGAGUUUUGACCUUGACCUGUGUGGUUCAUUGCGGGACUUUCUGAAUCGCAAGGGGGAUCUUGGCUUUGAUCCAAGGGGUCGCAUGCUGUACAUCGGAAAAUUCGGUCAUGACAGUGUAUUUCUGGCCAUGGCACCAAAUUCGUUCCUUGAUGGAUCACUUGACCCUGUACCAUGUGGCCACGUUACUGGACCUACUCAAAUGAAUACCAGCCAUAUUCGCAUGGCAACGAGCAUCAUUCUGUGGUCAAUGACCUAUAUUUCUGACCGGGACUACAGCACCCUAACUCGUUAUGCCCUAUUGGCGGAAAUAUUAAUAAAUACCAGGAUGUCGCACCUUGGGUUAUGGCUUAUUGGCACUCUUAUUAUUAUUAGUCAGGAGCAUAAUGGGAAGCUUACCUUGCGGCGACGAGAUGUUGAAAACAUGCAUCAUGCCCUUGCACACUACUACACAUCAGAAUUUGUUGCCAAUGCACCACCAACGUGGACAGAUGAUACUUGGUUCACAAACUCAACUCCCCUUGUCGUAACAAUCAAGUAUGGUCAGGAUUUGCCACUGGAUAUGGUCAAUUUGGAGGAGACAUCAACGACAUGGAACCACAAUUUCAGUUUCCAACACAUUUCCCGAUGGAGCAUUGCACUUGCCACCCAUAUUGUUGUACCUUCCAUUGUUGACACCGAAGUUCUUGAUCCACAAGCUAUUCUUGAAGAGUUUGGGACAGUCUUUGAUGAGCAUGGGCAGGUGAUUGAAGAUUUGGAGCAUUUCGACCUGGAAGACGAGGAUGGUGAACCAAUUCCCAUCUUUGACUCCCAAGGGGCACAGAUCGAUCGUAAGGAAGAGCUCUUCCGUGAAAAGGCAACCCCAGGGGGAUUGCUUUUUCGACUAAAUUCUGCCUCCCAUAUGUUUGAUCGUGUCUAUGGAAAUCCCCGCCAAUCAGACCCUUAUCGGUCUGAGAGUGUCAAGACUCAUACUUAUCCUCAAGCCUUCCUGACCGAUUAUGGCCAUGUUCAAGCCAAUUCAGUCUUCCCUGAAUUUCACAAGGCAGCACAGCUCAUCAAUCAAGCCCUCUUGGCUCCAAAUGUGGAGGAUGACAAUAAUAACCCCCCAACUCCGAUGCCGAGCCUCGCCACUCUACACGUCAUGGAGCCCCUCCCCAGUGGAUGGAAAACUCGGAUGACUCGGAUGACUCUGAUGAUCAACACUCUGAACAUGAAGUUCUUGCUCAACUCUCAGGCCAUACAAUUGAGCCAGUCAAGGGGAUUUUUUUCCAAGGCUAUAAUCUACUUCAGCAUCGUAUUGCUCGCCGCUCUGGAGGUGCUGAGACAAUGCAUGUUUGCCCAAGGCCGAGCAGAGGAACAGAGGGCAGCACAAGCAGAGGCCUAUGUCUCCCGACAAAUGCCUUAUGAACGGAUGCGCCAGAAAUUGUUGACAAACAGUCACCAAGCUGACCAACGCCCACCAACAGACCUCCGACUUGAAAACAAUUGGGUCCUCAACUUUACUGCAAUCCCUGCAGAUCGACGGACAGGAAGGCAUGUCAUGGAACAGAUCAUCAAACCCUUGUUGGCUACAUGGUCCAAUCCUGGGGUUGUCAGGAAGCUGAAGCAGCAUACAAUUAUUCUGGCACCUGGUGUGUUGCCUCGUCUCUAUCUAUGGGCAACUUAUCCAGUUUUCUGGGGGAUAGAACAAAUCUACCACAUGGAACAACGCCGAAAAUCUGAAAAUCAUCGGCCUGAUCAAAUUUCCAGGGAACUUCUUGCUGCCCUUGAACGUGCUGGCAGUUUUGGUUUCUGUGGGGCUGGCAAGGUUCUGAGCACUUUUGUGAUGGACCCCCUUCUUCUAUCACUUGGAAUCAAGGAAACAGGCUUUCCUUCUCUCAGCAAGAUCGUGCAUUUGAGUCCUGAUGCAAGGGACACAAUUACUGUGGAGGCAGACAAAUGGCCUCGUGAUGCUGAUGGUGUUCCACGCUUUGCAUCCAAGAGAGUGGUUGUAUACAACUACUCACUUUCAACUUUUGAUUCUAUUGUAGCCGAGUGCUUUGUUCGUCAAAUUCGUGAUGGCAUCUACACAUUUUCCGACUUGGCUUCCACCCCCAUGUCCAAACAUGACAAAAUCAUCCAUGGACUGGCUGCAUAUGGUGUUGAUGCUUUGCUGAAGGAUGCCUUAUAUGAAGUGGAGAAGGGGGUUAAGCGUUACAUUGAUGGAGCAAAGUCACUUGCUGAUGCUGAGGAUCUUGGACGCUUUGCACGACAGCUAGAGGAAUUAAAGCAACUGGUACACGUUGAUCGUCCCUUUGAUAACUCACAAUCUGCCACCCAACGGUUGCUCCUUGUUCUCUGCACUUCACCCCAUGCCAUGAAGGGCAUGUUCUCGGAUUGUGCAGUUGAUGUUCUCUCAUGGGUCAAAGUACUGUAUCGGAUGGUUUCACCUCCACGACCUCCAAAGCCAGGCCCUGCCUCAACCCAGAAGAUCACCAUACCACAGAUUGGGGCACCAUUCUUCCCAGAUGGCUGUGCCCGGCAUGUGCUUCGCAGGGUUUUUGAAGCAUUGCGGCAACUUGGUCAGCAUGAUGACUGGGGUGCCCAACAAGAUUUUUGCUGCAACGUCAUUGUCAAACAAAUGGAAGUCUCCCACCUCUGCCGCUAUCCUGCAGCUUUUCUGAAUCCUGUCACUAAACGGCAGACAAAGUAUGCUGUUUGGCACACCUGGACAGAUUUCAUCUUCCCUGAUGGAGGUCCUCAACCCCAUGCUGCUGAGGAGUCCAAUGACCCAGAUUAUCAAGCAGCUCGACUUGCAAGCAUCAAGCUGACAAGUGCAAACCCUCAAUCAUCUUGGACAUGGAUGGAUACAAAGCUGUCUGACCUCACUUGGGUCUUUGAACGUUCUCGACUCCCCACUGAUUGGAUCACAAAGGACAACCUUAAGGAUUCAUUCACUGCUGAACUCACAAAUUGGCUGAAGAGUGCUUACAGUGCUUCGAAUCCACGUUUCAAGCUUGCAUUACUGGCAUCACUCAUCAUUACUGCUUGGGCACCAAACCACCGUGUCAAGGAGAUAAGUGAGAAGAUUCCCAAGAAAAUCUCCCUUGGUGCAAAUAUGCGAGAAUAUGGCAACAAUCUAUGUUGGGAUUUGGAGCAUGGGCAGAGUGCAGCUGGUUGGAAAGCCCGCCCCCCUUUAUUCCACCUCUGGUUACUCUUCAUUUCAGGUGUCCUUAACACAUCAAGUCCAUGGUGGGGACGAAGAACUCUGAAAGAGCAUUGCAAGGGCAUCAAGAAAGCAGAUCGAACUGCUGAGCAAGCUCUCAAUGACACCAUGUUUUCCAAUUUCCGUGACAAGCACAGGAGCAAAGGAAUAGUGAUCGCUGUGUUGGCACGCAUGAAUCUUGUGAAGGCUCUGACACCCAAGGCAUUCACAGCAAAAGCACACUUCCCCACUCUAUAG